UUGAGGGGGAAAUGACCUGAAAGGACAAAGGACUGUUCCCAGAAUAUCAACCUCAUAUCGAAGCUUUUAACUGCCUGUUUAACAGUUCAGUAGAGCACAUUUUUCAGUGACUACAGUGAAUCGUACCUCUUGGUUUGGGUAUGAGAUACCCAACUAUCCCAUUAUUGUUUCAAGUUUUGACCGUAUUACUAUAAUAUCACAAGUUUUCUCAACCAUAUAGAAAACAUUGAUUCCUAUUAUUAUCCAAAAGGGGAAAAAAAUGCAAAGAAACUUGACUUGCUUUUCUCUUAGUACAAACUUUAAAUGGUUAAAACAUGCUGGAACCCAGGGUGUUUUAGUGUGGGAUCUCUGCUUCGUAUGACACAACACAGAAGGCGAACAGCAUAUUUCAUGUUUACUGCAGCAAAUACGGCCUAAACACAUUUUAUGAACUUGAAAAUGUGACACCAGAGUGAAAAGCUCAUAUUUCAACCUUCGGUUCAUCUCAACAGAAAUGAGACAGAGGCCACAGGAGGAGGACUGGAUGUGGUGGCGAGCAUCAUCUCAUUACACGGUCGUAAAUCUGUUCAUAAUGAACCUGAAGUCAGCAACUGGAAUUUGAUCUGUUUUAUGUGACCUUAUUUAAUCAUUUAAAAUAUUAAGUCGAAUCAAAGCUGCAUACUUCCAAAAAGUUUUUUAAGACUCCGCCCUGUUCAAUCUGAUGAUGUAAGGACACCUGGGAACAUAAACACCACCAUCCGUCCAUCACACCCCUGACAGUCUAAUAAAACUAACAUCUGUGUGACACAUAACACACAUUCACACAAGCUGCUUAUAUCAGCCUGGAGGACAGAGCACAACUCUGUAUGCAUUACACACACUUUCCAAAGGCCUUUAUCAUCAGAGGAAGUAGAGCUUUGAAUCAUCAACCCGUUGGAGAGCGUGAACCUGCCAGUAUCUGCUUCAACGCCGGCUCUGAAUAAAAAAGGUGCAGACAGGGAACGUCGUCCACGAAGAUAACACCUAGAUCAUAAACAAGGGAGCAGAGAGGUGCACCAUUUUGUUUUCAGAGCUCCAGAACAGUGAGCCAAACUGGCGGCAGAUGAGAAAAAGAGCGUGUUGGAGGAGGAAAAGGCCAAAGGAGGACCCGACCAGCCACAGGCGGUGUUGGUGCGUGUUGAAGUGGAGCGGGACAUUCCCAUGUCACUGACGCUGCCCAUUCAGGUUCAGCCUGAUCCGGCUCACCAACCUUUCCCCUUUCUGGACACGACACUGGCCGAUCUGGGAAUCCAAGAGUGAGUCUGCCAUGUUUCAGGGACCCCGAGAGGCUGUUCAAGGUGGAGAUAUUAACAGCUGUGUUUGUGUGUCCAGGUCAGAAGUAAAGGAGAGGGUUGUGUGGGUUGACACCAAGAAGACGCAGGUGAAGAACAAAGCAGGGAAGCUGAAGGAGAAAGAGAUCACCAUCCUAGAGGUGCGUGUGAAGGCACAGAAGCCUGGAGACAAGCAGCUCCAGGAGGUCUUAUACAGCACCGAGGCCCACACUGACCGCUCCUUCUGCCGUACCGGGAUGGACAUUCUGCCCUGGAAGCAGAGAGUGGGGAAAAAUGGAUUGGCACCUGUGGAGAUGACCAUGACGCUAGACCUGGAAAAAAAGCAGCCUGGAUUUACUGAGGCUCAGGGCCAGAGAGAGAUCUGAGGAGAAAUAUCCAGUGGGAGGAAAAAAAGAAAAAUGAAGAAUGCAAUUUGAUGUUUAUAUAUAUGUAAAGCUAACAUAUUGAGCUAGUUCACAGCAAAGUACACUUAAAAUGAAAUAUUAAAGUUUGCUUUUAUUUAGUCUGGAAAACAUCAAGAGUGGCUUCACAUCACCUGGAGCUUUGCUGCAUUUGUAAAAUGCAUCAUUUGCCUUUGUUAUAUUUUUUAUGUACGAUAGUUUUUUAAUACUAAAAAACAGCAUCAUGCA